AGUGGAUCCCACUCUUCCUUGAACCACUUCCAACGACAUCCAUCGUGAAUCCUGUGACUUUGGAUAAGGAGAUGGCAGCAUCCAAGGACGGCCACCGCCUGCCCACCGAUGUGCGCCCGACGCACUACGAUCUCGUCGUGCGCACCGAUUUGGAGAAGGAGGUGUUCCAGGGCAUCGUGAAGAUCAGCUUGGACGUAACCACCGAAACCUCCACUCUCGUGUUCAACACCACCGACCUCGACCUCAUCGACGCGUCCCUCUCCUCGGACGCACUGGGCUCCGUGCAGACGCCCACGUCGCAGUCCUUUGCCGCCGAGUGGGAGGAAGGCACGCUGUCCUUCGCCCGCGCGCUCCCCGCGGGAUCGAAGGCGCAGCUGCGCAUCGCGUUCGCGGGGAAGCUCACCGGCGCGCUGCUGGGGUACUACAAGUCCGAGUUCACCGAGAACGACGGGAUGAAGGGGAUCUACACCCUCACCCAGUUCCAGCCCAGCGCCGCGCGCAGGGCGUUCCCGUGCUGGGACGAGCCCGCGCUCAAGGCGACGUACAGCGUGUCGAUGAUCUCCCGCGCGCACCUCGUCAGCCUUGCGAACAUGUCCGCCGCGUCCGAAGGGCCGUUCGAUCCGGCCGCCGAGGCCGCAAAAGACGAGAACGUCGCGAAGCUGUUUUCGGUGAUGUCGCCCGCGGACCAGCAGGCGCCCGGCGAGUGGAAGAUCACGCGGUUCGAUACUACGCCACCGAUCUCUUCGUACAUCGUUGCAUACGCCAACGGACCGUUCAAGUGCCUCGAGAGCUCGUACAAGAGCCCACUGAGCGGGAAGGUCCGCCCGCUGCGUGUGUACACGACAUCUGAGAUUGUGCAUCAGGCCAAGCAUGCACUUGAGAUCACCGAGAAGGUCUUGCCCAUCUAUGAGGAAGUGUUCGACAUCGAAUACCCUUUACCGAAGCUCGACACGCUCGCGGCGCACGACUUCGACAUGGGUGCUAUGGAGAACUGGGGUCUCAUCACAGGACGGACGAACUGCUACCUCAUGGAUCCCGAAAAGAUCCAGCUGAGCAUGCUGAAGCGCAUUGUCGUGACGCAGUCGCAUGAGAUUGCGCACAUGUGGUUUGGAAACAUCACGACGAUGGAGUGGUGGGAUAAUCUGUAUCUGAAUGAAGGUUUCGCUACAUUUAUGGGCGAAUAUAUCAUCGUAGCCAGACUCUAUCCCGAGUGGAAGGUGGACUCGGAGUUCCUCACCACGGAUCUGGCCUCCGCUCUCAUUCUGGAUGCGAAACCAUCGUCACACCCGAUUGAAGUCCCGUGCCCGGACGUGAAUCAAGUCAACCAGAUCUUCGACGGUCUUUCGUAUGCCAAAGCUGCGUCGGUGUUACGGAUGCUUUGCAACUACGUCGGCCAAGAACGCUUCAUCAAGGGUGUCUCUAUCUACCUCAAGGAGCAUUUGUAUUCGAACACCGUCACCAAGGAUCUCUGGGAUGGCAUCCAGACUGCAACAGGCACUGAUAUCCCGAAGAUGAUGGAUAACUGGGUCAAGAAGAUUGGCUUCCCUGUCAUCACCGUGACCGAGAACAAGGAUAGUAUUACCGUCCGUCAAGACCGGUUCCUCGAGACGGGACACGCCGAAGCGAAAGAUAAUGAGACGAUUUGGACCGUCCCUUUGGCGCUACUUACUGUGGACGAAUCUGGGAAGCCCCAUGUCGACAACACCGUCGUUCUCGACACCCGCGAGAAGACGAUUCCGCUUGAUACCAGUAAACCGUACAAGCUCAACGCUAGCACGUAUGGUGUCUACCGCGUCCUGUACCCCGAAGAACGUCUCUUCAAUCUUACAAAGGAAGCUGCUAAAGGCGAGGAGAUAUUCUCACUCAACGACCGGAUUGGUCUUGUACACGACGCCUUUGCGCUCGCCAAGGCCGGUUUCCUGACCGUCAGCGCCGCACUUACGGCUGUUGAUAACCUCCGCAACGAUCAGGCUUCUUAUGUUUGGGAUAGCAUCUCCCUGAACUUGCAAAUUCUUUCCUCAACUUGGUGGGAGAAUCCAAAGGUGCUCGAGCCCCUGAACAAGCUCCGCGCGUCCCUCUUUGGACCUAUCGUGCAAAAACUCGGAUUCGAUAAUGGUCCCAACGACGAUCCCAGCACUAUACAACUGCGAAGCACUGCCGUAGAACAGGCCGCUGCUUCCGGUGAAACCUCUGUCGUUGAAGAGCUGAAGAAACGCUUCGCGCGUUAUAUGGAAAGCGGAGAUGACUCAGGGAUCCCUGCAGACAUCAUGCGCCCUACGCUACUCGCUGGUGUGCGACACGGUGGGAGGAAGGAGUUUGAGUUCGUCAAGAAGGUACAUGCAGGUGCUGCGACGCCUCCUGCUACGACUUUGUCAGCAAUGUUGGCGUUAUGCCAGGUCCAGGACACUCAGCUCGUCGAGGAGGUCCUCGAGUACAUGCGCACGACUGUCAGAGACCAGGACCUCAUGUACUUCUUCCGGGGUCUUCAAAGCAACAAUGCUACACGACGCCGCGCUGCUGAGUUCCUGAAGGCGCACUUCGAUGAGGUCUCCGAUCGCUUCCCAGCUAGCUACAAGAUACAAGAUAUCGUCUCUAUGACUUUCCGGAACCUAACCAAGGACGAGGACUACGCCGUGAUCGUGGACUUCUUCAAGGAUAAGGACCGCUCGAAAUACAACAUGGCGUACGAUCAGAUGUUGGACAGCGUUCGUGCAUCCAAUGCGUGGAUCAAGCGCUCGACUGCUGAUGUCGAGCAGUGGUUGGCUGAUUGGUCAAGGAGGUCUUCCUAGUCAAUGAAAGCCCCGAUUUGACGGAACUAAAUGUAUCAAUGUAUUUUAUGCCAUAGGCCACUUCUUUUCAGAAUUUUUGUAUGCAUACCUCAAAUGAAUCCCGGUGUUCGUCGUUUG